UGAUUUUCCCGAUUGGUUUCUUACAAUUCUUUUCCGCCGCAAUUUCACAGGACGAAAAACCCUAGGAUUCUCUCACUGGCUCGAUCUCUAUCUAGUUUCCGGUUUUUGUCGGCGUGUAAUCGCUUCGCUUCUCCGGCGAGCUCGUGCCACAGGUACUGUCGGUUUCACGAGAUGGCGUCCGAAGGAAAAAGCUUUGCGAGGAGAGAUCUGCUCCUCGAGAUUCAGAAUGAGGUCCAACCUGAGUGGGAAGCUGCAGGUGUGUUCAGGGCUGAAGCUCGUGAGAGUGCUCCGAAGCCUGGGGAAAAAUUCUUCUCCACCUUCCCGUUUCCAUAUAUGAAUGGCUAUCUUCAUCUUGGUCACGCAUUCUCUCUUUCGAAGAUUGAGUUUGCUUCUGCGUACCAUAGGUUGAGAGGGGCUAAUGUGCUGCUUCCUUUUGGUUUUCACUGUACUGGUAUGCCAAUUAAGGCAUCCGCCGACAAGCUUGCUCGUGAGAUCCAGCAGUAUGGAAACCCCCCUGUGUUCUCUGCCGAAGUAGAGCAAGAAAACAGCAAACAAGGUGCUGAAGUUCAGGAUGACAGUGGUGAUGCUCCGACAUUGCCAGAUCAGUUCAGGGGAAAGAAAUCUAAGGUGGCAGCUAAAUCUGGUGGGCAGUUGCAUCAAUGGGAAAUUAUGCGCAGUGUUGGUCUAACAGACAGCGAGAUAGCAGAGUUCCAAGAUCCAUAUAAAUGGCUGUAUUACUUUCCUCCAUUAGCUGUGGAUGAUCUCAAGGCUUUUGGACUGGGUUGUGAUUGGAGACGGUCAUUUGUCACAACCGAUGUGAACCCGUUUUUCGAUUCUUUUGUGAGGUGGCAGAUGAGAAAGUUGAAAUCCAUGGGGAAGAUUGUUAAAGAUCGUAGGUACACAAUAUUUUCACCAUUAGAUGGCCAGCCAUGUGCUGAUCAUGACCGUGCUUCAGGUGAAGGUGUUCUUCCUCAAGAAUAUACUCUUAUUAAGAUGGAAGUAAUGCAGCCAUUCCCUCCAAAAUUUGCACCUCUGCAAGGCAAGAGAGUCUUUUUGGUUGCAGCAACUCUGAGGCCUGAGACCAUGUUUGGGCAAACAAAUGCUUGGGUAUUGCCUGACGGAAAAUAUGGAGCUUUUGAAAUCAAUGAAACUGAUGUCUUCAUCCUUACUGAGAGAGCAGCACUCAACCUUGCCUACCAGAAUUUCUCGAAGAUUCCUCAGAAGCCUUCUUGCCUAGUUGAGUUGUCCGGUUAUGAUCUGAUUGGACUCCCUUUGAGGUCUCCUUUGUCGUUUAACGAGACCAUCUAUGCUCUACCCAUGUUGACCAUUCUUACCAACAAAGGUACUGGCAUCGUUACUAGUGUGCCUAGUGAUGCUCCUGAUGAUUAUAUGGCUUUGCAUGACUUGAAAUCAAAGCCGGCUCUUCGUGCAAAGUAUGGUGUGAAAGAUGAAUGGGUGGUUCCCUUUGAUAUUGUACCUAUUAUCAACAUUCCAGAAUUUGGGGAUAAGGCUGCGGAGAAGGUUUGCUUGGAUCUGAAAAUAAAAAGCCAGAAUGACAAGGAAAAGCUCGCUGAGGCGAAGAGAUUGACUUAUCUCAAAGGAUUCACUGACGGAACCAUGCUCGUUGGAGAGUUUGCAGGUCGUAAAGUCCAAGAAAUUAAGCCACUUAUCAAGUCAAAGCUCAUAGAGUCUGGUGAGGCAAUCCUUUACAGUGAGCCUGAAAAGCUUGUGAUGUCAAGAUCAGGUGAUGAAUGUGUUGUGGCCCUUACUGAUCAGUGGUACUUAACAUAUGGUGAAUCAGAAUGGAGGAAAAUGGCUGAGGAAUGCUUAGCAAACAUGAAUCUCUAUUCUGAAGAAACUCGACAUGGCUUCGAGCACACUUUGAGUUGGCUAAAUCAGUGGGCUUGCUCGCGGUCUUUUGGUCUUGGGACACGCAUUCCGUGGGAUGAACAGUUCCUUGUGGAAUCCUUAUCUGAUUCCUCUCUUUAUAUGGUUUAUUAUACAGUUGCUCACAUUUUACAUGGCGAUGACAUGUAUGGAGGCAGUACCUCUACAGUCCGUCCUCAGCAAAUGACUGAUGAAGUGUGGGACUACCUCUUCUGUGAUGGUACAUAUCCAAAAUCUUCAGAUAUCCGAUCAGACCUUUUAAGUAAGAUGAAGCAGGAGUUUGAGUACUGGUAUCCUUUAGAUCUCCGAGCUUCAGGAAAGGAUCUUAUUCAGAAUCAUUUGACAUUUUUCAUCUACAACCACGUUGCAAUUAUGGCUAGGCACCACUGGCCACGUGGAAUCAGAUGCAAUGGACAUAUUAUGUUGAAUUCUGAAAAAAUGUCCAAGUCAACUGGAAAUUUCAGAACUCUUCGCCAGGCCAUUGAAGAAUUUGGGUCAGAUCCCACAAGAUUCAGUUUGGCUGAUGCUGGUGAUGGUGUUGACGAUGCAAACUUUGUGUUUGAGACUGCAAAUGCUGCAAUUUUGCGGCUUACAAAAGAAAUUGCGUGGAUUAAGGAAGUUCUAUCUGCUGAAUCAUCGCUGAGAGCAAGCCCUCCAUCUACAUAUGCUGAUAAAGUGUUUGAAAAUGACAUAAACAUUGCUAUCAGAUUGACUGAAAAAGCUUAUGACAACUUCUUGUUCAGGGAGGCACUUAAGAAUGGAUUUUAUGACUUGCAAGCUGCUAGGGAUGAGUACAGGCUCUCUUGUGGCAAUAGUGGCAUGAACCGGGACUUGGUAUUGAGAUUUGUGGAUGUGCAGACUCGUCUUAUUACUCCAAUCUGUCCCCACUAUGCAGAAUACGUUUGGAGGAAGCUUUUGAAAAAGGAAGGUUUUGCAGUAUUAGGAGGUUGGCCAACAUCAAAUGAGCCCGAUUUGGUGCUCAAGAGCGCUAACAAAUAUUUACAAGAUUCCAUUGUGUUGAUGAGAAAACUUCUUCAAAAGCAGCUCCUGGGUUCCAAGAAGGCCCCUAAGAAAGGUGCUCCUGUAACAUCACUGACAGAGGACAAGUUAAGGGGCUUAGUAUAUGUGAAUGAGCAAUUCGAUGGAUGGAAAGCUCAUUGCCUGAAGAUUCUACAAAGCAAAUUUGACCAGCAGAAUCAUAGUUUUGCCCCUGAUGCAGAAACACUAGAGCAACUAAAGGAGACACUGCAGAAGGAUGGACAGGCAGAAAACUUUAAACAAAUCCAGAAGCUUUGUAUGCCUUUCCUAAGAUUCAAGAAAGAUGAGGCAAUAGCUCUUGGACCUCAGGCUCUGGAUUUGAAGUUGCCUUUCGGGGAGAUUGAGGUCCUUCAGACAAAUGUGGACUUGAUCAAGCGGCAACUUGGUCUUGAAGAAGUUGAAAUCUUGUCUGCAAGCCAUCCUGAUGCUGUUGCUAAAGCUGGUCAACAGGCCGCUCUCCUGAAGCAGAACCCUCCAUCUCCUGGCAAUCCAACGGCCAUCUUUUCGACCAGGUAGUUCAAGAGAGAAGCCUGGAACAUGUUUCAACUACAAGUCAGAGAUUUUUAAUGAGUUGAAAGGGUCAAACUUUUGCCGGAUGUUUGGUAUUUUAUAUGAGCUAUUAAGACAGUUUUCACCUCUAGUUUAUGAUAAGACUCUGGGAGUCUAUCAGAUUUCUUCUUUAUAUUUGUUUGAUCGGCUACCGAGAAGUAAUAUCGACCGUUCUUAUUAUGUCAUUCGGCCUUGGUUCA